UGCCAGUUGUAGCCCAGCUGUAGUUUUCGGGUCCUUUUGGGAGGCAUUUUGUGGGAUGGUAUUUCCUGGUAGAAAGAGCUGGGCUGGAGCUGCUUUCUGUGCCUAGCAGUGAAGGGUGACAGUGGUGGAAGUUGGUGACAGGUAUAAUGGGAUUCAUAAACUCCUCUGUUAUAACAGUGUGAGCCUCAGUAGGAAGUGUUGGUUAAUAAGGCAGCACUCUGGGGGAGUGGAGUGAAGCCAAGCAGCACAAAGGGAUUUCCUUACAGGCUGAGGCAGAGGGAGGAGCAUGGAGCAAGUACCUGAGUGGCUCAGAUGGUGUGGCUGUGUAAGGGAGAGCUGAACAAGUCAGAAAGCAAGGAUGGAAACAAGCUUGAUAUGACAAAUUUCCAAAGAAAGAUUAUGGAGGAAUAUUCACCAGAAAUGCAGAGCACACUGGAGCCAACCAAUCUGUCAGAUGAUGCCUCUUAUAAGUCCCCAGAUAAUGAGAAGGCUGAUAAAACAUGUGGAAUGGAGGAGUGUCCAAGCAUCAAUUGCUCUGAAGGUGAUGCCAGUGUCUUGGAAAGGGAAUUGAGCUCAUUGCCCUCAGAUCAGGAUGCAGCAGCUGUUGGCAUCAGCAGCAGUGGGGCCCCAGCAGAAGGACAGCAGCAGUGUGGAGAGGCAGACUCCUCUGCCAAUGCCCACUGUGAAAGAAAGGCAGAAGGCUCCACAAAACCAGAACAUCUACCUAGUGAAGAACUUGAACAACAGGAUCCAAAAACUAACCAGACAGAACAAUCAUUAAUGGAAAUAUUACAGGAUCUAAGGGAGGACUCUGACUUUGUGAAAAAAUCAAGUGAUAAAAUCUAUUCAGAAAGCCCUUACGACACGGACUGCACAAAGAAGCUUAUUUCCACAAUACAUCAGACUUCCUCACAGGAGGAUUUGCUAAAGGAGAUAGAGUCUGAACUCUUAUCCACAGAUUUUUCGAAGGAACCAAAGCUCCCCAAUGGUGUGCAGAAGGGUGAACGUGCCUUGGCUGUGUUUGAAAAAUGUGUACAAGAUAAAUACCUGCAGCAAGAGCAAACUAUUACAAAAUUGAUUAAAGAAAAUAAAAAGCAUCAAGAACUGAUUUUGGAAAUUUGUUCAGAAAAGGACAACUUAAAAGAUGAAUUGAAAAAACGAACAGAAACAGAAAAGCAGCACCUCAGCAUUAUUAAACAGCUGGAAGCAAGAAUAGAAGAGCUUAAUAAAGAAGUGAAAGCUGGCAAAGACAGACUUGCAACUCAAGAUGCAGCAGCCAAAAAUACUAUUCAGCAGUUGCAUAAAGAGAUGGCCUUUCGAAUGGAACAGGCAAACAAGAAAUGUGAGGAGGCUCGCCACGAGAAGGAGACGAUGGUGAUGAAAUACGUCCGGGGGGAGAAGGAGUCCCUCGACCUCCGAAAGGAAAAGGAGCUCCUUGAGAGGAGACUCAGAGAUGCAAACAAAGAAAUAGAAAAGCUUACAAAUAAAAUCAAGCAACUUUCUCAGGAAAAAGGAAGAUUGCACCAGCUCUAUGAAGCUAAGGAUGGUGAAGCCACUCGACUCAACAGAGAAAUAGAAAAAUUGAAAGAAGAAAUCAAUUCUCAUGUUAUCAAAGUAAAAUGGGCUCAGAACAAAUUGAAAACAGAAAUGGAUUCACACAAGGAAACCAAAGAGCGCCUCAAAGAUGCAAUGACAAAAUUAACUGAAGCAAAAGAAGAAGGAGAUCAGAUAAGGAAAAACUGCCAAGAAAUGAUAAAAUCCUAUCAAGAGUCAGAAGAAAUCAAAUCAAAUGAAUUGGAUGCAAAAUUCCGAGUAACUAAAGGAGAACUAGAGAAACAAAUUCAGGAGAAGUCUGAUCACCUGGAGGUACAUCAUGCAAAAAUAAAAGAACUGGAAGACUUGAAGAGAACAUUUAAGGAAGGCAUGGAUGAGCUUCGAACACUGAGAACAAAGGUAAAGUGUCUAGAGGAUGAGCGUUUAAGAACAGAAGAUGAAUUAUCCAAGUAUAAAGAAAUAAUAAAUAGACAGAAAAGUGAAAUUCAGAAUUUGCUGGACAGAGUCAAAACUGUAGAUCAGCUGCAGGAUCAACAUCAGAGAGAUGAACAAGAAAUCAAUACUUUAAAGGAAGAAAUAGAUGGUUUCAAUUCUCUGGUUGCUGAUCUUCAGAAGGACAUUGAAGGUAGUCGGAAAAGAGAAUCUGAGCUAUUGAUAUUCACUGAGAAAUUAACCAGUAAGAAUGCACAGCUUCAGUCUGAAAACAAUUCCUUACAGAGCCAGUUGGAUAAGCUUUCUUACAGUGAAAGAGAGCUGCAGAAUCAGCUGGAGUGUGUUCAACAGACUAAAGAUGAUCUGGCUACCAAGUUACAGAAGGAGGAGGAUCAGCGAAAGUCAGAGGUGGAGGCCCUGCAGGCUCAGCUUGCCUCAGAGCAGGAAGAGGUGGCAGCGCUGAAGACCCGUGUGGAUGAGCUGAGGGAUGACCUGGCUACCCAGAAACGCAAGCACGCAGCAAACCUGAAAGACCUCACAAAACAGCUUCAGCUAGCACGGAGGAAAUUGGAUCAGGUGGAAAAUGGUAAUUAUGACAAAGAAGUCAGCAGCAUGGGGAGCCGUUCCAGUUCAUCAGGGUCCCUGAACGCGCGGAGCAGCAACGAGGAUCGGUCACCUGAGAACUCUGGCUCUGCAGUGGCUGUGGACAGCUUCCCUGAGGUGGACAAAGCUGUCUUGGUUGAAAGAAUACUGAGGCUUCAGAAGGCACAUGCUCGAAAAAAUGAGAAGAUGGAGUUUAUGGAGGAUCACAUUAAACAGCUGGUGGAGGAAAUCAGGAAAAAAACAAAAAUUAUUCAGAGUUACAUUUUGCGGGAAGAAGCUGGAACACUGUCAUCAGAGGCCUCUGACUUCAACAAAGUACACUUGAGCAGGCGUGGUGGGAUUAUGGCAUCUCUGUACACAUCUCACCCUGCAGACAGUGGGCUCACAUUGGAACUGUCCUUGGAGAUAAACAGGAAGCUUCAGGCUGUGUUAGAAGAUACAUUAUUGAAGAAUAUUACAUUGAAAGAAAACCUGCAAACUCUAGGAACAGAAAUAGAACGGCUUAUUAAACACAAGCAUGAACUGGAACAGAGAAUAAAGCAGACAUAACUAGAACUUCUGGGGACUAACCAAUGUGAAGAUGCAGAAAAGGCAGGUGCUACAAACCACUGUGUUUUACAUUCUGCCUGCCAACACAAGCAUCUGGUUUUUUGCAAAAGAAGCCUUUGACCACACAGGCUCACUCGUGUGAGAAAUCAACAGGGUUUGGCAUCCGUGUGGUUCUGUCUACCCAGGACCAGCCUGAGGCACUGCUGAAAUUCACUGCACACUACAUUUAUCUGAGACUUCUAUUUCAAAUACAGAUGCUUUCCAGUGCAGACUGUUUGGAGUGAUUUGCCAUGAGAUUCUAAUUUCUGCACUGUGUAAUUAAUCAGUCUCUUAAUGAUGGAGCUUGAAAAAGAAAUAAAGCCAAUUAUGUCUUAGUUGCUGUUUGAACAUAUCCAGUGUUACUGAGCUUUAAGGGCUUUCAGACUUUUAUUUCCUUUUUUGCAUAUUAUUUCUAAUCUUUGGGUUGACUAAGCAUUUUUGACAUAUGCAUGGAAUAAUGCUUUGUUACAAAAUUUUGAGUUUUGAGUGGUGGCCAUGAUAUUGCAUAUUUUCUGCUUUAGGUUAACAUUCAACUGGUCAAUUUCUUUAUUCCAGAGGAGUGAAACAACAGUGAAACUAAGGAAUUGGAAAGUGUUCUGAUUCAGUUCUUGAGUUCAUGUAGCUGAAACCAAUGUCAAAUCAGCAAAUCUUGUAAACCCUUGAUCCUUAGACAUGUGGAUCAAAAGAAGUCUGAUAUCAGAUAAUUGGUUAAUGAAGUUCUCUGGGCUUCUGUAUAACUUACAGCAUUUAAGGAGUUUAAGCUGCCCAUUGUAAAUCUAUGUAAGUACAUGUAAGCAUGGUGAUUGUAUCUGCUUUCAAAGACAAAUGGAAGCUAAUGAAAUUUUCUCAUUAGCUGUGGCUAGACCAACUAGUGACAGUAAUGGUAAGAAAUAAGAAAUAGUUCUAAUGUUUAAUCUAUUGUUGGACUGUAAAAGUGACACAGAAGUCUGUGCAACUCCUUGAUUUUACUGUUGUGAAGAAUUAGUUGGUCAAAAAUAAGUGAAAAUUUACUUAGUCCUUCAGUGGCUGAGAGGAUGAUGGAGGAAGAGUAUGAAGGUGACAAGAUUUGGGUUAGUCACAACAUCAUGUUCACAUUUUAAUUCCAGGAUAAGUAAUACACAGGAUCUGAAAUAUCUUUAUUCCAGCAGUAAAUGUGUAGUUUCUGUAUCUGUCACCUUUUGACCAAAAUCAAUUGAUCAGAUCACCAUGUAAAUACAUACUUCAGGAUUUUAUUAAAUACUUGAACUUCCUAUUGCCAUGAAAAAAGAGUCAAUGUACAUUUACAAUAGCAGUGCUUUAGCUACUUUAAUCAAAAAGGGGGGUGUGGGGAGGAUCUGUCUUACUGCAGGUACUGUUUGCAUUGUACACAAAGCGAGGGAGCUGAAUUUGGCAGCACAGAGGAGGAUAAUUGAUCAGACAUCUGGGUGAUGUUGGGGUGUGGACUCCAUUUUCAGAUGCCACUGAGUUGCCUGAACUUUGUAAUAAAACAAAUUGAGCAAAAGAGCCUAAUUGGGUUUGAAUAGUUUGGUUCAAGACAGUGAAUCCUUGUUAGUUUAAAGGUAGGCAUCUCUGAAAGUCCUUGUGGGAUCAAGACUUGGUUUGUGGUCCAGAGAGCUUCAAGAGUCUGGGAUGGCAGGUCCCUCCAGUGUCAAAGGAUUAAAGUAUUCCUUUGGAAAGGUAAAAUUGGGAGCAAAUUGCUUAAAACCUGAGCAAGCAUUUUACAGAAACUGGGUGGGUUUUUAUACAUCUAUUUUUCUAAUUCCUGAGAGCACUGGUUAUCUGAAAUGUUAGGACAUUUGGGCCAGUCCAGUUAUGGGAGGUCUUCUGCUUCACUGUUGUUUAAGUGAUGUGAAGAGGAAAAUACCUGGCUCUGCUGAAACAGAUUUGUCACAGCUUCCAGGAAGCAAGCAGACAGUUGUUCAUGACUGAGCUUGGAUCUUCUGCUGAGAGAAAGUACUUUAGAACAAUUUGCAUGCUAAAACAUAGCUUAGCUCUUGUAUGUUUGUGUUUUCAUGCUUUAAUGUACCAGAUCUCUGGGUGUUUUCAGGCCUUCAGCUGAAUGACUCCAGUAUUUUAGAUACCAUGUUAAUAUUGUAAUCUUUUAAUGUAUGUUCUCCAGUGUACAGUGUGAAUGAAGGAGGGGUGUGGUGCAGAUGGAAUCAGUGCAAUGGCUUUGUGGAAAUUCUGAUUUCUUUUUGGCAUGGUUGUUUCUCCUUUUAAGUUGAAAAAACCUAGUUAGCUGUCCUCCUGCCCUGCUGGAAAUGCUGCUUGCUCUUUGUAGCACUAAUAACUUCUCAGACUUUUUUUUUUCCCCUUGGUUAUGGAGACACAUGAAGCAGCCAAAAUACCACGUUGUUCAUUGUGCACGGUGUUUUCAUGGACCAAAGCUGUCAUCCACAGGUGUUAUUUAAACAUAUCUGUUAGAGAUGGAAAAGUUAUUCUGGCUUGCACAUUGGCAAGUGACUCUCCAGUCAGCCUGGGGUGUGAUGAGUACCUGAUGGGGUCAGCCAGCAACUUGGCAUAAGGAUGUUCCUCCUUUUUGAGAGGCAGUGAUGUGUCAGCCAUGAGAUGUUGCUGGUCCUGUUUCCAUGGGGUGGCUUGUCAGGAGUGUGAUGCUGCUGGUGCAGUACCAAGAACACUUUCUAUGGAAAGGUCUUUCUUUCUGUGGGGUGGCUCACACAGGUGAGCACCAGCCCAGUGCAGGGUGGGUGUGAGGCUUGUGUAGCAAUCUCAUCCCACCCUAUCCUUGUUUUGGAAAUUGUAUUAUGAACCUGAGACUGAAAACUGUCCUCAGAUAAACUGAAUUUUAGAGAGAAACUGGUAAAUUCAUAAACUAAUCAUGAAGGCAGCCUGGAGCAUGUAGCUACAUGCCUGUCACUGAAAUUCAGUGUCCAUUAGACUUGUAAUUGCCACAGGCUGCUUUUGACAAUUCCAAGCUUGUGGCUGGUUGUGUCUUACAACUUAAACAUCUGUUUCUUACGUACUCAGGGUGCUCUUUUAAUUCAAACAUCACACAAACAGGUGUUGUUAGAGGCCCUACAAGAAAGCUGCCUAUGCUUUUCCACCCUCUGUAAAAUCCAGCACUGUCAGAAGCCAGACCCUCUGACCUGAAGAAUACCAUUUUAUGCUGUAGAAAUCACUGGCUUGCUGCCAUACAGACUUGUGCAAUAUUUUUUAAUUAUAGUGUCCAGAAAACUGGAGAUGGAUUUCUUCCUUGAAUGUUUUCUCAUUAUCUUCACUUGUUGCUGGCAACACCUGUAGUAUCUCUCUUAAAAUAUUGUUAAUUGCAAUGUUUUAGUUCAUAACUAAAAAAGAAAAAUUUAAAAAUUGUAUGUCUGGCUUCCAGUGCAUCGAGUGUAAAGCUGAGUGUCCUCAUGCUGCAGUGACCUGGAUCUUGGGAGGGGUUCAGAGGGCAAGGCCUGUCCCAGGGGCCUUAACCCUUCCUGUGCCAGUCACUGUGACAGUGAACACCAGCAGCAGGUGGCACAAGGAAUCAGGUGUACCCUGCCUCACCUGUCCUGGGACAGGUGGCUGUGUUGCAGAGGGAGCUGGCUGGUACUUAGAGCUUUUCCAAGAUGGAUGGGUGUUUCCUUCCCAUUUUCAUGUUCUGAAACUGUUGAUUCUUCCAGUCUAUGUUGUGUAAGUCCCAUACACAGAAUGUCUGAUUUAAUUUUGUAGAUACCUGUUUCUGUAUAAAGUUCUCAAAGGUAUUGCUAUACCUUAUGUAUAUACUGUACU